CCAUGUAUAUAAGCUUGGGCGGGAUCAAUCUAUUGCGUUCUCAAUCAACCACAGUGACUUCAGCUCGCAAGCCUCUGGCACAUAACACAAAAUGUCAUCGGAAAAACCUACCACGACAGCCAAACUGCUACUCUUAGGCGCCGGGGAAUUAGGAAAUGCAAUACUCACUCAUCUUUCUGCACUGCCAUCCAUCCGCAUCACUCUCGGUAUCCGCUCUCCAUCCAACUACACCUACCUGACAGCUUCUCACCCUUCUCUCACCUUGCUUCCGAUCGACCUCUCCGGUCCUUCUGCAAGCCUCUCAGAAACCUUUGCAAAUUUUGACAUUAUUGUCAGCGCGACUGGGUUCGGUGCAGAUCCAACAACCAUUGUAAAACUCGCACAAGAAGUUCUGAGAGCCGGAUCUAUCAAGAAGGCAAAGGGCGAGAGCGAUUUGUGGUAUUUUCCCUGGCAGUGGGGCGUCGACUACGACAUCACUGGUGAUGGGCAGGGGUUGAUGCCCUUGUUUGGCACGCAGCGUGAUGUUCGCAACCUUUUGCGGGAGCAAGGUGAGGAAAGCAAUGUCACGUGGACCGUUGUUUCUACUGGCAUUUUCAUGUCUUUUCUCUUUGAGCCGUUCUGGGGUAUUGUAGACAGGACGCACGAAAAGGAGGGCAAGCUGGUGGUAAGGUGCUUGAGAGAUUGGGACCAUAGGGUCACCAUAACAGACGUGGACGAUAUUGGAAGAGUGUUGGCGAGGAUUGUCAACGAGGACGUCGAGGCAAAACGCCGUGUGUUGUAUAUUGCCGGAGACACACUGAGUUACGGACAGCUGGCUGAGAUCGUUGAAAGAGUUAGCGGGAGAGAGGUUGAGAGAGAAGAAUGGACAAUCUCACAUCUAGUGGACGAGCUCAAGGCAGACUCGGACAACGACAUCAAGAAGUACAGGCUAGUCUUUGCGAGAGAGGGAGUUUGGUGGAGCAAAGAAGAGACAGUAAAUCACAAGUUGGGUAUGUGUAUGAUGGAUGUCGACACUUACGCGAGUAAGAUAUUUGGAAAUAGAAAUACUGGCCAGUAAUAUAGCUAAUUGGACGAGUUUGACACCUGUUUUGACAAUGCCUUUUGUAUUUUUCACCAAUACUGCUGAGUAAGUAUGACCACAUCGACCGUGAGCUUGAAGAAGUGCAGCGGACUAUGAGUAAGACGCACACAUGCCUCAGCUGACAUAGCGCUUUGUGCCCACCGCAAGCCUGGCGUGCUUAUAGCUGUGUC